CCCGCCGGGCUCUUUAACUUUUCACAGCUCUCAUGGAGUUCUUCUGUGGAACCGUGGAGCAGAACCGACCCGGAAAAGGCUCCUGCAGCAUCUGAUAACUCAGAGUCCACAAUGGUUCUGAGCCCGUCCAACACUACCCGACUGAAGUAUAUGUCCCUGGGGGUGCUGGUGCUGCAGACCACCUCGCUGGUGCUGACCAUGCGCUACUCCCGUACCGUAAAGGAAGACAGUCCCACCUAUCUGGCCUCGUCUGCUGUGGUGUCCGCUGAAGUCCUCAAGAUCUUCACCUGCAUCUUCCUCGUUUUGAUAGAAAACAAUUACAGUGCUCGAGCCAUGAACCUGCUGCUGAAGGAGGAGAUUGUGAACAAGCCUGUGGAGACCAUGAAGCUGGCUGUGCCUGCAGGGAUCUACACUCUGCAGAACAAUCUGCUCUAUGUUGCCUUAUCCAACCUGGACGCAGCCACCUAUCAGGUCACAUAUCAGCUGAAGAUCCUCACCACGGCGCUGUUCUCCGUCUCCAUGCUCGGGAGGAGGUUGGGCCUCUACCAGUGGCUCUCCCUGCUCCUCCUCAUGGCUGGGGUCACUCUGGUUCAGUGGCCCGCAGAGUCUGGGGGUGACUCAGAGCAGAAGGUGCUGACCGCCAGCUCCCAGUUCAUCGGACUCAUGGCCGUGCUGAUGGCCUGUGUGUCAAGUGGUUUCGCUGGAGUUUACUUUGAGAAGAUCCUUAAGGAGACCAAACAGAGCGUGUGGGUCCGUAACAUACAGCUGGGUUUGUUCAGCUUUGUGUUUGGGUUUAUAGGAAUGUUGGUGUACGAUGGCCAGAGUGUAAAAGAGUCCGGGAUGUUUCAGGGCUUUAACACCAUCACCUGURCAGUAGUUGUCCUGCAGGCUGUGGGUGGGCUGGUCGUUGCCGUGGUCAUCAAAUAUGCAGACAACAUUCUGAAAGGAUUCGCCACCUCGCUGUCAAUCAUCACGUCCACUCUCAUCUCCUACUUUCUCCUAAACGACUUUAACCCCACAGGGAUGUUUUUCUUCGGGGCAGUGCUGGUGAGUGUUGCUACGUUCCUUUACAGCUACGAGGGGAAACCUGCCAGCAGUGCCGUCAAGGUGUAGUCAGAGUGGGGAGGAUCUGUGGGCUGAGCUGCCUGACGGAGCGGAGAUGGCAGCCCCCACUUCAACAUGCAGAGCAGGACUCUGCAAACUGUGACAACCCUGGACUCGUGAAUGAAGGGAGAAACAACUGAAACUGCUGAAUUUUGCCAAACAACUACAGAAAAUAAAUGGCUGCUAUUCAUAAAUGAGAAAAGCAGCUACUCUAACAUUUCUUCAUUAAGAUUCUACCUACAGCAGAAACAGAGUCAAACUGCUGCACCGACACACACUGGAGCAGGACAAUAAAGUGCAAUCUGAAGGAGAUCAUGCCAGCAGCAGGUCGAGACACACACACAUGGAAACGUGUUUCACUGUUUACCUGUGUUCUGAAGGGAAAUGGGGGGAAAUAGAAAAAAAGCACCAAUGGUUCUGCUGAUGUCUGGGAGAGUUAAGAGAGCAGAGUCUCCAUCUAGUGCUGGAGCGAAGAACUGAGAUGCUGCAAAGAGGAGGGGUUACCUCUGCCAAAGAUGCUGAAUGUUUUUCAUUUAAGAUGUGAUCAAUCUUAAAGAGAAGGAACGGUUCUGCUUUCUGCUCACCCUCAUAUUUAUUUUUACAAGCUGCUCUUCAACCAUUAUUUAAAUGCAAAAUAAAAAUCCUUACAGACGA